AUGCAAAUGACAUAUGGAGCGGAUGUGAAUAACGAUGAUGAUUUGAAUAAAAAGUUUCAACGAUUGCUACCUAAACAAACACAAGAUGUGGUGAGUCAUUUACCUUUUUAUGCUGGAAAUUUAAAAUUCAAUUAAUUUGUGAAAAUUGAGAAAUUAUUUCCAAAAGAAAGAAUGAAGGCCAAAUUGUUUAUUUUAAAAGUAGCUAAAAAUGUCUUGGAAUAUUGUUUUUCACUGAUGCGAAAUAACUGAAAUAUGAGAAAUUUUUGAAUAUUUCAGAAUAAUAGAAGUUUUGAAUUGAUUAAAAAAGUUUUAUGAACUAGAAAUUUCGCAAAAUAUAGUUUGAACUUUGAAAAAAUUAAUUUAUUCAACAAUAUUAGUCUAUAAAUUAGGAUGAAGAAGAAAUUCUGAAAAAAAUUUGAAACAUUUUGAAAACUUCUGGAAACAAAAAAACUAGAACAAGUCUUCGAAUCUUUCUGGAAAAUAUAUCUUCCGAAUCCAUCAAAAGUUCUCAAAUAGAAUGUUUUUUUCCAGAUCGCCACAGGGAUUCUCAUCCUAAUUAUUCCAUUCGGAUUAUUCCUUCAUUUCUUCUAUGUUCUCCCAACAUGGUAUACCGUGAUGUCUGAAAAUUGGCUCUACCGAGUGAUUCCAAUCCUAUUUUUUGCUUUCAAUUUAUAUUCAAAUUGGAUUUUUAUGAUCAGAGUUGGACCAAAUGGAAGAAACGCGAUUCUUCCAAAUGUUGUAAAAUCUGGUUUCAGAUAUUGUCAUUCCUGUCAUACAAACUCACCACCUCGAGCUUAUCAUUGUCCAGGUAUGUUUUUUUGUUCAUGAAAAUGAUGUUAUCUCAUAAUAAAUUUUAUAGUUUGCGAUAUUUGUGUGUUCCGACGUGAUCAUCAUUGCUCAUUUGGUGCCGUUUGUGUUGGACAUUUCAAUCAACGAUAUUUUGUUGCGGCAGCUCUCAAUUUACUUUUUAUGACUGCACCAUUAGUCAGGUUAGUGAUAAUAAUGCGGAGUAUUCUGUAGAUUUUGAGAAAAAACAAUGAUGUUUAGAUAUGGUUGGGAUUUAUUGGCGCUGAAAUUGGAAGGGGGAAUUACUAUGGGAAGAAUCUGGCAAGUUAUGCUUCCACAUGUUGCGUUUAUUUUAAGGUGAGUUAUUUUGAGAUCGUGAAAAUCUAAAUAUGCAUUCUGAAGUUCUGGAACAAAAUUAUUCCUUAAACCUUAUAAGAAAACAUAGGUUAUAAAUUUUCAUUUUUUAAAUUGACAUCAGUUAACCCCCAAUUUUACAUUAAAAAAAUUCCAAUUCGAAACCGUUUUGCAACUUUUGUUUGUUGACUUACGUUUCUCCAAACUAAAAAAAAAUCCAAUUACCACACCAAGAUUUUUUAUCAUUCAAAAUUUUUUUCAAAUUGUUUCUUUGUAUUCCUCAAAAAAUAUUGAUAAAAGUGCACUGUGAUUUAUCGUUUAUCAAACAUCAAAAAAUUACAAAAUAUUAUUUUUUUUUAAACCGUUCGAGUUGUCUGAUCUUCUAAUGAUCUUCAAAGCACACAUUGGUUUUUGAAAAAACUCAAAAAAUCAAAUGUUCAACAACCAAACAAUGUUUUUUGCAGAUUCAUCAGCCUUAAUCAAUUUCUUCAUGUUCUGAUUUUUGUAUUCACAAUGACUGUUUUCUUAUUUUCAAUUUAUCUCGUUGCUGCUCAAUGGUUUUGUAUUUACAACGGACAAACACGUAUCGAAUAUCUUAUGGAAGUUCAUGCUUAUCAACUGGGAUUCUUUGAAAACAUCCGUCAAUCUUUGGGAACUCGUUGGCCACUUAUUGCAAUCUCAUGUUUUAUUCCAUCUCCACUUCCAUCAAAUGGAAUCAAUUAUGUGACAAGAGAAAUUCAUAAUGCACAUACAAAAGAUCUCUAA